AGCAGAGAAUAACAUAUAUAACCUUUCGUGUUCAAAUGACUAAAUUAUCCUUACUGAUAUAAAUGAUCAACCAUCAUUCAAUCUCGGGCAAUUUCGUAAUUAACGAUCAAUGGGUUCCAAGGCGAUGGCCAUGGCGGCGGAGAAGAUAGGAACAGCGGUACGGCGUCAAGCCGUAUCCUUAACCGACGCAGCUGCAUCUAGAAUACGCUACUUGCUUCAGCAGCGUCAGAGACCAUUUUUGAAGCUCGGCGUCAAGGCUCGUGGUUGUAACGGCUUAACUUACACCCUAAAUUAUGCAGAUGAAAAGGGGAAAUUUGAUGAGUUGGUUGAGGAUAAGGGUGUUAAGAUAUUGAUUGAUCCCAAGGCGCUUAUGCAUGUUAUUGGAACCAAGAUGGAUUUUGUUGAUGAUAAACUCAGAUCCGAGUUUGUUUUCAUCAAUCCAAACUCUAAAGGCCAAUGUGGUUGUGGUGAAUCUUUCAUGACAACGCCAAGUACUGGAGGUGCUAAGCAAGGAAAUGGUUGAAAUUGUCAUUUAACUCAGCGUUGAUGAUCCACAUUUACACAUGAAGUCUUCCUUUCAUGAUUGCAUUGUUGAACAUGCAAAUACACCACAAUUGGAUUUUCUGUAAUUUUUUUUACAAAAGCAGAGGAAAAUAAAAGCUUUUGCAUACUGACAGUGACAUGGUUUCACUAUACAGAGUUCUCUAAAGCUGAUGCUGACAAGGCUUAAGACAACAACCUGUACUAGCAUAUCAUUUGAUCAGAUUAUUUUUAUUUCAUGUAAAAAAAUUUGUAUUAUGAAAACUGUAUAAUUUGUAGGUUAAGAAAUCAAUGAAAUAAUUUUCCCCUAAA